AUGGCGUCCGGCAUGUUACCAUUCCGGCCGGUGGCAGUUGUUAGAGCUAGCAUCAGCGCCGAAGACCAGAAACCUGAAGCUAAGAAAACUUCAUCGUCUCACUGGUGGACACCGCUAUUCGGGUUGUCGUCGGACCCGGACUAUAUACAGUCCGACGAUAAGAAGAGAAACCCGAAUCCGAUACAGGUGAGGUCUCGGUUCACUCCGGGCUCCUUCACGGAUGAAAAGGCGAAGCAGCUCCGGAGGAUGACAAGUGAUACGCCUUCGUUCCAUGAUAUGUAUCACUCCGCCAUUGCAUCCAGGCUCGCCUCCGAUUUCACCGACGACCGGCGUACUCCGUGA